CUACAAAAUCACUAUUCAUCUUCUUCCUCAAACCCCUCAUUUCCCAAACCUUUCAUGGUUUAGCAAGAAAUAGAAGCUAGAAGUCGACAUUCCCUCAUCCUCCCAAAUCUCUUCUCUAAUUCUUCCUGGAAAUCGAAUCCCAGCAACAACACCUUCUUCCUUUGAUUUUUCGCAGCUUUCCCCAAAAUUCAUCUGAGAAUUCGAGUAUUGAACAGUAGCUUUCCUUUGUUUUCCUUCCCUUUUCUUUCUUUCAUCUCGUUCCCUGGGUUAAGAAAGGCAUCGACGGCCAUUUUCUCCUGAAAUCUGCAUAACCAUUAUCAUUGUGUUCUUCUACCUCCUCACCGGAGUCUUUGAAUGGUACGGCAGCAACUGUCCGGCCUGUACCAUUCGAACAACAACCUCAUCUUCCAACUCCCUUGAUUGUGCCGCCUGUAAAACCAGCAGUUUUAGUAUUCGAAACAGGAAAGCGGAAAACAACAAGAAGAUCUUGCUCUAAUUUGAAAUAAGUAGAAUAAGAUAUAUUCAACCAUUUAAAAUAUCUAGUUGGAGCCUGUCAAAGAAGUACGUGGUAAAACUGCUUGAGCAAUGAUGGAGUCCGGGGAAGAAAGGCGACGGCUAAGCCACAACGAGCCUGUUACUACCGUCAAAGCUCAUCCUUCUAUUCGUUUCAUUUUCCCGAGCAAAAUUCCCAAGGAUGAACAUUUUGACAAAGACAUCAGAUAUAUACACAUCAAUCAGAAUGAAUUUUCGUAUAGGAAGCACAAGAGACAGAAAGAAGAAGAUAUUGUCAUUUGUGAAUGCAAAUACGAUCCCGCUGAUCCUGAGAGUGCCUGUGGUGAUGGGUGCCUAAAUGUAUACACAAGUACGGAGUGUACUCCUGGUUACUGUCCUUGCAGGGAAGUUUGUAAGAAUCAGAAAUUUCAAAAAUGUGAAUAUGCGAAAACCAAGUUAUUCAAAACCAGUGGUCGUGGAUGGGGUCUUCUAGCAGAUGAGGAAAUAAAGGCUGGACAGUUCAUUAUUGAAUAUUGUGGUGAAGUUAUCUCUUGGAAAGAAGCUAAGAGAAGAGCUCAAGCUUAUGAAACCCAAGGUCUUAAGGAUGCUUUUAUAAUAUCUCUCAAUGCCUAUGAAUCAAUUGAUGCAACUAGGAAGGGAAGCUUGGCCAGGUUCAUUAAUCAUUCAUGUAAUCCUAAUUGUGAGACAAGAAAAUGGACAGUAUUAGGAGAGAUACGGGUUGGUAUAUUUGCAAAGCAAGAUAUUUCUGCUGGGACAGAAUUGGCCUAUGAUUACAACUUUGAAUGGUAUGGGGGUGCAAAGGUUCGGUGUCUCUGCGGUGCUUCUAGUUGUUCUGGAUUUCUUGGGGCAAAAUCACGUGGUUUCCAGGAAGACACGUAUCUGUGGGAAGAUGAUGAUGACAGAUAUUCUGUAGAGAAAAUACCUCUCUAUGAUUCUGCUGAAGAUGAGCUUUCGCAGCAAACAGCUACAAGCGCUGACUUCACUUAUGAUGAGAAGGAUAUGAUGGAGGUUGAUCAUAAGAUCAAUUCUACUCGGAUGAAUGUUGAUUCACUUGUUUCUGUUCCAGCUAAUGGUGUUUCUUCUUCUAUUAGACCUAAGAAAAAGUUAAAACGUUUGCCCAAGGGAAAGUCAAAAAAUCUCGAACAAAGGGAAUUAAAUGCUAAAUAUGUUGUAUCACUCUUAGAAGCAAAAGAAGCACAACAAGAGAUUCUGACAUAUGAGGAAAUCAAAAACGAUGCUAGCUCUAACCUCGAAACCUUAUACAAUGAGAUUCGACCGACUAUAGAAGAACACGAAAGAGACACCCAAGACAGUGUACCAACAAGUGUAGCAGAGAAAUGGAUAGAUGCUAGCUGCGCGAAAUUGAAAUCUGAAUUUGAUUUGUAUUUCUCAAUCAUUAAGAAUGUGGUGUGCACUCCAAAGAAGUCAUUUGACAUCAAACAACCAGGUAACAAUCUGGAGAAUGGGGUUAUGCUAUUGACUAAUCAAUGAUAGUAAAGAGGAAAUAGAGGAUUUGUAUGAUGGAGAUUGUGUAGGGAAGGGAAUAGGAACAGGUUUGCCAACUAUUUUAGACUUGUAGAGUUGUUGGCAGCCCAAUUCAUGUGAAAUUUAAGAUUAGAUGUUAGAGAAAUGUAUUUUUUGUUGUUUAGACGAGUUUUUGUUUCUCGUAUACAACCAUACAACGAGAUGAAUAUGAGUUGUCUGGGUUCCUAUCGACGAAGAUAUAGUCUCUAAGGUACUUGGAAUCAUAUGGAUUAUUCUUCCCACUAAAUGAAAUUAUUAUUAACCUCUUCCACUUAACAAAUCUGGUGCAAGAAUCAUCAUCAUAUUCAGUGUAUUCCACUCAUAGAAAACCAUGGUCAAGGUCUGAGGAGGGAAAACAAACGGCAUCUCAUACCCAUAGAGGAGAAUGCGGUCAAAGAGUCUUUUGACUUGAAAGUAUUUUUAAAGAGAGAGAAAUCUGCAACUAUUCAGAAGCCUGCAACUUACAACUCACGUUGACCAUUAAUUAAAUAACUAAAAAUACACAAUAAAUAGAAAUACGUAUAAAUAACUAAAAACAAAGAUAAAAGUAAAGAGGUAAAGAUCGAUAAUUAAAAGCAAUGAAUAAUAACAAACAGUGGGUAAGAGAUUAGUG